AUGUACCCCCCCUCUUUCCGUCCCCUGAUUCCGCCUCCCAUCCCCCACCCUCCUCUUCCAUAUAUCCCCCUCCUCGUCGCGCAUCUCCCUCCCCUCCUUCCCCCUUCCCCAUCCCGCUUCUCCCCCCUUCCCUUUCCUUCUCUCCUCCAGUGCAUAGCAGCAGGACGCCCAGACACGCCUGUUGUUCAGGGCGCCACGCCACAGCACCACUUUCAACCGCACCAUCCUCUGCAGGGGAUCUUCCCUACCUGUCGAAUCUCCCCUUUCCUGCACGCAGCUCUCCCCUCUCCCAUCGCCUAUGCUAACGGUCUCUUUCCCCCCUUGUGCCCUCCUCUUCUUCCCUCCUGCCCUCCCGUGUUCCAGCUCUGCCAUCCCUCUCUGGCAUCAGAGCCUUGCUCGCUGGCAUCGGAGUUGGCGGGCGUUUGGGUGGUGGGGGGUUCCUUCUUCGCCAGUGGGGAUGUCAACGCGGCUGCAGAGGAGAGCGUGUUUGCAAACCCCGCGGCAGCUGACGGACCAGGUGCGGACGAGUGGCGCAUGGACAUCCAGGUGCACUGCCGACCAGCUGACAUCCACGGAUUCCACGUGCUGGGACUCAACGCUACCACACAGGUCACACUCACUGCACCAUCAUCAACAUCAACCGCAGUGAGUCCAGCUUCCGUAGCCAAUCACGUUCCAGGAAUCCACGCCACCUGUCGGGCAGCUGAUUGGCUCAUCACCGGUGGAAGCGGGCAAGAUUUGCAUGCAGUCACAACUGUUGACGAGCUCAUG